AUGUCGUCUGCAAUCGACGGCACUCGCAAUAGCUACGCCGCAGCACUCGUGUCCAGCAUCUUGUAUGGCUUUUAUCUUCUCCUGGCCAUCCAGUGCAUAUAUGGCCUCCUCACAAAGCACGGCAGUACAAGCGGCCGGAAUGUCGCUCUCGGCUAUGCCGUCCUCCUCUUCAUAGUCCAGACAGUCUACUACGCCGCAGGCUGUAGAUGGAGUGCUAUCGAAUUUGUUGAUGCCUCCAUCGACCCCGCUGUCUUUGCCAGUGAACUGUCGGGAAAUCUAUCACUCCUCAAGGAUACCAUGUAUGUCAUCAAUAUCUGGGUCGCGGACAGCUUCCUCCUAUACAGGGUCUACAUCAUUUGGAGCCUCCAUUACGUGUCCCUCCUGCCGUUCGCUCUGUACCUCGCAUCUCUGGCUACGGGCAUCGGCCUCCUUGUCGAGACCGGCAAGCCGGGUGCGGUGUUUGGCCAAGCAUCCAUCAUCAACUUCGGCACUCCAUUCUGGUCGCUGUCUGUUGCAACCAACGUGUGCGCGACGGUGCUCAUCGUCUCCCGCCUGCUGUACCACCAUGGCGCCCUCCGCCGCUCAACGACACGCAACCCAGCCCUGAGCGGGACGUCACCCGCCGUAAUCAUGUUUGUCGAGUCUGCGGCGCUGUACGCCGUGUGCGGCAUCAUCUACAUCCCGCUCUUUGCCGUCGACACCCCGGUCCAGUAUCCGUUCUCAGCACUGCUGGGCGGCGUGGUCAGCAUCGCGCCCACACUAAUCAUGGCGCGGGUGGCCAAGGGCACGGCGCUGACGAAGGAGUGGAGCGACAUUCCGCUGGUCGACAUGCCGCCUGUGGCGCAGCCUGCCCCGUCGCAGUCGACGGAAACGAUCCCGAAAUACAAAAUUGCCUGA